AAUUAAAGCCGAAUAAAUCAACACAGAAUUUUAUCAAAAUCUCAUCUCUUAUAAGACCUUCAUGCUGCCCCUGUGUUUUCACAUAUCAUAUUUUUUUUUUACCAUGUCUAUUUUGGUGAUAGAUGACUGAAUGGAAUGGGUGAAUGAGACAUUUCAACAAUUUAACUUUCAGUUAAAAAAUUAACAUUAGAAUGUAUAAACCACGCCGAAUUUAAAAGCUUGACGUGACCUUUUGUGAAAGCUUCCAUGGCUGCUUGAUGGCCGUGUGUAUGCUUGUGUUCAUGGAAAGCGACAUUAAACUGCAGAAUUGUAAAUGAGGUUUGGUGCCGCGUGCACUCCGCCGAGCGAUCUCUGCACAUUUGGACCACAGCUACGGGCAGGGAAGCUCCCAUAAAGAAAACUAAAGAUCGAGAGACAGUCGUCUUAAACUUUAAUUUAUUAUCAUAUGUUCAAUUAAUUUAAUAUGCAGUGAAGAUUUUAAGAGUCCGUGUGUACAUACAUAUUUUUUCAUUUAUCUUUUUAAAGUAGCCUUUUAUAUCCGCGGCAUCUACCUGGCGAGAAACGCGCGCAGAGUGACUCAUUCUUCCGACGAAAUGCGGGAAUAUCGACACUACGGGUCCGAUCAUUUUCUCGAGAAGACGCUCGCAGGGUUUGCACAGGCUCCACCUUUUCAAGCGGUUCAGUGACCUCACCAGUGGGCUGGAUUGUAAGGGUGGGAUUUCCAGGCUUUCAGAGAGCGGCAGUGUAUUCCUGCCUCUAUCCUAGGAUCUAUGCGGCUUAAACGAUAGCAAUAGACGGACUGUGGCUGUACCUUUGAUAGCAAUAGAAAACAAAAAAGAGGCCUAUACACACUGCACACUGGAUCCCUUUUCUACAUGCGGACUCCAAUCGGAAUAAAUAAUUGAGGAAUGUGGAAAUUACAGAAUGCCCAACAGCGCUGGAAAGAGAUUUAAACCCACCAAAUACAUCCCAGUGUCCACUGCUGCCACGCUCCUUGUGGGAUCGACCACUUUAUUUUUCGUUUUCACGUGCCCCUGGUUGACAAAGGUGAUCUCUCCCGCUGUGCCUCUCUACAAUGGCCUGGUCUUCCUCUUCGUCUUGGCCAACUUCAGCAUGGCAACCUUCAUGGACCCUGGCGUUUACCCCCGAGCGGACGAGGACGAGGACAAGGACGAUGAUUUCCGAGCGCCGCUCUACAAGAACGUGGAGAUCAAGGGCAUUCAGGUCCGGAUGAAGUGGUGCGCCACCUGUCACUUCUACAGGCCGCCACGCUGCUCGCACUGCAGCGUCUGUGACAACUGUGUAGAGGACUUCGACCAUCACUGUCCAUGGGUGAACAACUGCAUCGGACGGAGGAACUACCGCUACUUUUUCCUCUUCCUGCUGUCGCUGAGCAUCCACAUGGUGGGAGUUUUCUCCUUUGGCCUCAUCUUCGUCCUCCACCACAGGGAGAGGCUGGGAGCGCUGCACACCACUGUCACUCUGGUGGUGAUGUGUAUAGCAGGGCUUUUCUUCAUUCCAGUCAUGGGACUCACAGGUUUCCACAUGGUGCUCGUAGCUCGAGGUCGAACAACCAACGAACAGGUGACGGGCAAGUUUCGUGGAGGAGUAAAUCCCUUCACUAGGGGUUGCUGUGGCAACGUGGAGUAUGUAUUAUGUAGUCCCCUGGCACCUAGGUACAUGUUGGACCCGAGGAAAAAGCCCCAUGUCAAAAUUCAGCCCCCAUUCAUCAGACCUGACCUGUCCGACAGGCAGAUCACCAUCAAGGUCAGCGACAACGGCAUCCACAACACCAUCAUCAGCUCCAAGUCCAAAAGCAGCCUGGACAACCUGGAUGACAAAGAAACCCAGCCUCCGCUGCCACCCAAAGCUGACAGGUACAACCAGCUGAAAAACCAGCUGACCUCCAGCGAAGAGAGUUCUCUAUCUGGUAAGACCCAUCCUUCCACUCCAGCCAUGUACAAAUUCAGGCCGUCCUUUGGCACCAUGCCCAAAGUCCACUACCACACUGCUGGAGAGAAGAUUAUCAUGCAAGAUGACCGGAAGACCUCGGCCAUCUUGGAAGAGAGUGUCCGUGGUCAUGACUACCGAUCCGAGCCCAACCUGGACCUGCCGGAGUACACCAAUGCUCCCCUCCACCGCACCUUCCAAUCCUCUCCCCUCCAGCUGGAUUCUGACCCCAUCAACUCACGCUCCCUCAGCCUAAAGCAAGGUCACCGCCGGCUGGAAAAGGGCCAGCUCCCAGCCCUUCAGCCGCAGACAGUCACCUCCACCCCUUACAAGAGUGUCUUCUCGCCAAACACGCUCUCCAACCGUAAUGGCAGCCUGUCUUACGACAGCCUGCUGAACCCCAGCAUCUCCCCAGCCACUGCCAGCGAGUGCAUGGCCCAUCGUGGUAUGCCCUCCAUGGGGUUCCACUCGCCCUAUUUGCCCACCAAAAUGUGCCACAUCCGGGAACCUGAGAUGCAGAGGCACCAGGUAGCCCCCACUUACAGUCCAGUGCUGCCACCCAGGGGUGUUGGAAGGCAGUCCCCUCACUCAAGGGACAGGGACCCAUCCCCAGUGCGCUAUGACAACCUCUCCCAGACCAUAAUGGCCUCCAUCCAGGAGAGAAAGGAGAUGGAGGAGAGGGAGAAGCGGCAGAUGCUGCAUGGGCGCUCCCAAACCCUUAUCUAUGCCCAGGACUCUGGUGUGUUUGAUGGGGGCUAUGGCCCGCCCCACAAUGCUUGCUACCCAGAUGGGCCUCGUGGCCCUGGCUCUAGAGGUCCAACACCCCCAGCCUAUGGAGGCUCCAGGGACAACCUGAUGGGGGUUGGGCUUGUGAGCUACGGGCAACGAACCCCUGUGUUGCGCCAUGCUGGCUCCACACUGGGCCGUGCCCCUAGGACUUCAUCCACCUCCCUGCACACAGAUCACAGUAGCAGCAACAGCAGCCACAGCAGGGCCACCAUCCAAGAGGGCCCUUAUCGCUCCCCGGCCCACCAGCCACACUCCCCUGCUAUGCCCCGAUCCCCCUCCUACUCCCAUCAGAAACUCUCCUACAUCAGUGCCCGUGAAAGGACAGACUCACCUCAUCUGGGGGGCCCAAGAGAGGCCAUCAAAGUUAAUGGGCAGAUGGACUGCCACCCCAGUGCCCAAGGUGCCACCCUCAGCCCCAGUCGCCACAGUAAUGUUAAAAAGGUGACUGGUGUAGGAGGCACCACCUAUGAGAUAUCAGUGUGAGCAGGGGCACCACAUCCACCUCCAACAACGACGGCCACCCAGCUAACCAGAGAUUCUCUCCUCUCUGUUAUGUUUGUGAAGUCUAGAUAACGGCCAGUCAGGGGCGACUAGCACUCCCUGUUAUGGAGUUAUAAUCCAAUCAGAGGAUCUGUCUGCUCUUGUGUGGGUCUGUCUAGACAAAUGCCCUUGUGUGUUUGUAGCGGAGGGGUCGGUUGGCAGUUGAUACCGCUGCAGGCUUUAUGUAUGAGGAGUGUCUAGUCAUUAACAUUUUGUGGCUCAUAAGAGUGGACCGUCCAACAGAUUGUCAAUGUAAUUACUGUUGUCUCUCAGAUGUGGUCAUGAAGCGUACAUUGUUCCAAAUGUCAGAUGCAUUCAGCGAGUGCUGAAGGCUUAACAAAAACACAACAGAUGAAUUAAACUCAGACAUCCUCACCGUGGACCUCUUCUGUCCUUUCCGAGUCAAUUGACCUCAAGAAGACAGGGUGCUUCACAUUAAUUUGUACUGUUCAUGUCAUCUACAGCAUAUAUGGUGGAGUUGCACAGCUUAGAGAAGUGAUGGAGGACAGACCAGUUAGAUCAGCACCAAGGGCAACUGCAUGCCACACAUGAUAAGUAAGAUGAGAAGAUGAGAAAGGAGAGGAGAAAAUUAUCAUAUCAUGUCUGGUGGCUGCAUUCCAAAUUAAUUGAGAAACGCUUGCUUUUAAUUAAAAGUAAAAAUAAACUUAAAUCCCUUCUUUAUCAAAAAAGAAAUUUCUCAGGAGCGAAUGCAACCAGCAGAGAUGCCAGUUGACGUUAUUCACACAUUAUGAAUGUCUGCUCCUUUGUCUCAGUUAAGUGCAGACUUUUCGCCUCACUCCCCGUCAUGAAGGUGCAGUGCUUUGUCACAGGCUUUGGUUUGUUAUAGCGACGUUUAGUCUCGUGCUGGGCAGACAUAUUGGCGUUCUACAAGAUCAGAAUACCUCAUCCCAGCGGUUCUCACGGAGUUCAGAACGAGUUCAGCCUUGCACAACCAAAACAACUUUUCUGUUUAUGUUUUGUCUAAAAAAAAAAAAAGAAAGAAAAAAAAGUUAAUUUAGUAUGUAAGUUAUGUUUGUGUUAUAACCAUAGAAAUGGAAAAGUGUAGUGAUACAAGCCAUUGUCCCACAUAGUAAAAUGAUAACCGGUCACCCAUUCAUUAUUUUGUUGUUUUUUAAUCCGUUUGUUUCCUUUUUAUAUACCCAACCUUUCAAAAACUAUGUUUGAUACAUCUUUUUAUACAGAUAAUUGAGCCUGGAAUGGAUGUUUUCUUUUGAGUGGAGUUUUGUGUUGAUAAAUUAUAAAUUCAGCAAAUAAAUGAGAAGUGAUAAUGCGUUAAAUCCAUGAAUUUAAUAUAGCUUGUUCUACCUUGCAGUGUAAGAAAACAACAACUUGAAAAAAAUGAAAUGCUAUUACAAGAUGUGUGAUAUGAGGGAGAUGAAUAUCGAUGUCUCAAUCUUUGGCUGGUGAACAGUCAGUAUGUGCUGUACACUAGUCCGGGAAGGGGCUGUUGAUAGAAACUGCCUUGAGAUAUCAGUGCCAAAAGUGGCGUCACACCCCUUAAUUUCUCAAAGACAGUGACCGUGACCGACAGUGUCAUAGUGACAUCAUGAAAACCGAAAAUGUCAAAUCAAUUUGCAGCAGCUGUCUGGUACAGCUCUAGUAUUACCCACCACUCAGAAAGAUCAAAAACUUUUUUUUUCUUUCCAUUUUUUUCCCAAAGUCCUCAAAUUAUGAGUUAUUAACAUUACUGUUAACCAUAGAAAUGAACAGAUAUUAUCAACCUGUUUUCAUUUAUAUUCACCAUCAAAUGAUUAUGAAAACCAAGGCAGAAUUACAUAGAUAUGAAUUAGUGGAUUUGGUUCAACAACAUUUGCAUCAAGAGUAAACCAUUGUUGCCUUUUGAGAUGAGAAACUGUUUCAUACACAGUGAAAUGUGGUUAGUUGUUAAACUAUUCUACACUGCGGGACAUUCGAAAGCCGUAAGUGUUUUGUAUUGAGCAACAAAUGGCAGGACUGACAUUUACUCAUUUUAACAGACAGGCCAAUGUACAAGACUUACAUCUUGCUUCAUUAUGAAAUUCCAGGAUCUUAUUGUCUUCCCAUUUCUGCAUUCAUAACUUUCUUUCAGCAGAGAUUAGAGUGUAAAGGCUGGUAGCUGUAGUUACAACCUUCUGGCUAAUAUGGUCUCCCUUUUAAAGGUCUCACCCAGCUGCCUUAGCAUGAACACAGUAAUGUGAGGUAACAGUCAUGUAUUACUGAAUUGUUAGAACUGUAUCUGUUGUACGGCUGUGGUAUACAGGGCUACUUUAUAGGUAAAAGUGUAGCUAACUGGAACAUUUUGAAAUACCUGAAGAUCGUUAGCUGCUGAGUUGCCUGAAAAUAGCCCAAUGUGUCAUGACUUUCAGAUCCCUGUUUGACCACAUAUCAAAACACUAUCGAUGUCAUUCCUCUUUAAGAUGACUGCCAUUAGUCCAAUGUUCUUUUUUUUGGAUGGACAUCACUGCAGGUCAGGGACCAUUCCUGACAGUCAGCAACGAAUCUGUUCCGUCAGCCACAAGCUGACUCUGUUUUCUGAAACUCAAAUAGAAAGUUCAAUAUGUAUGAAAACUAUAGAAUAUACUAUAAAUGUACAUGCGUUCCUAUUUUUGUGAAGAGGAAAUAUUUCCCAGUGACCUGAGCAGAGUAAAUAAAGUUUCCAACUCUUUGAGUGAA